CUCAGAUUCACUCAAGGAGGCGGAGAGUGGCGCACACAAGUAGUGGAGUUAAAGUGUUCUUCAGCACCGAAAAACAUACAUCUGUUCUUUUAAAGAGAAGUCUUCAGCGAGGAAGCAGAAAGCAAAGACAGGUUCUAUCCCAGUCAGAGGUGGUGUGUGUUACCUCCCAGUGGUCUGUGGUCUUCUCCCUGCGCUGAAAAAUGAGUCUGAGCACCAGUGAGAUGGAGGACCUGUGGGAGUCGUUGGGGGACCUGAACUUCUCUGAAGCCUUCAGCAACAUAUCCAGUGUGGAUACAAUGGUGUGCGCCACGGCUUUCAACCGCAACGCUCUGCUGUACUCCAUGUGUGUCCUCUACACGUUUAUCUUCGUUGUCGGUCUGGCUGCCAACGCUCUGGUCCUGUGGGUAAACAUCCGUGCACAAAGAGACUCCACGCCUCGCCAUGAGACACACAUGUACAUCGCCCACCUGGCAGUCGCAGACCUGUGCGUGUGCGCCACCCUGCCCGUGUGGGUGAGCUCUCUGGCCCAGCGCGGCCACUGGCCCUUUGGGGAGGUGGCGUGUAAACUCACACACCUACUUUUCGCCGUCAACCUCUUCAGCAGCAUCUUCUUCCUGGCCUGCAUGAGUGUGGACCGCUACCUGAGCUUGACGAAGAGUGGAGACAACGAGGGGGGAGCGCGCAGGAAGCUAAUACGCCGCGCAGCGUGUGUGGGAGUGUGGCUUUUGGCUUUGGUUGCCUCCCUGCCUGACACCUACUUCCUACGCACUGUGAAGUCAACACAUGGGGACACCAUGCUGUGCAGGCCUGUGUACCCGGAGGGAAACCCCAGGGAGUGGAUGGUGGGGGUGCAGCUGAGCUUCAUCCUGCUGGGCUUCGCUCUCCCCUUCCCCGUCAUCGCAGUGUUUUACGCCCUGCUAGCCAGAGCUUUCUCCCGCUCCUCUUCUUCUUCAUCGUCUUCCCCAGUGGAGCAGGAGCGCCGUGUGAGCCGCAGGGUGAUCCUGGCGUACAUAGUGGUGUUUCUGGGCUGCUGGGGGCCCUACCAUGGCGUCCUCCUGGUUGAUGCCCUGUCUCAGAUGGGUCUGGUGCCUCUGACCUGUGGAAUGGAGAAUGUGAUCUAUGUGGCCUUACACCUCACCCAGUGCCUGUCCUUGCUCCACUGCUGUUUCAACCCCAUUCUCUACAACUUCAUCAACAGAAACUACCGCUAUGACCUCAUGAAGGCCUUCAUCUUUAAAUACUCCACAAGGACUGGCUUGGCUCGCCUCAUCGAGGCUUCCAACAUGUCUGAGACUGAGUACUCUGCUGUUGCUGUAGACAACCCACCACAGAUCUGAAAUGUAAUACCUAAAAUAGCAUUUCCUGAACACUGUUUCUAAAUCUGAAUGACUGUAAUGCAAUAUAAACAUGUGUUACAACUGAUUUGUUCUUAUCAUAAUCAGUCCACACACAGGAUCCUAUGUAUAGAAAUCUGCUUGAGUCAUGUAGAGAAGCUUGAAGACAGGCUAAUAUCAACGUGGAUGGAUCAAUUUAAAAGCACUUAGAAAGCAGUCUUAUAAAAACAGCUGAUACUGAAUUCACAAAAAUAUAAUUUGUAAAGCCAAAACAGUAGCCGUAAAUGUCUAAAAGUAUUGCUUGUAAUAUGUAUGUAGGAAUGUACUGUAUGUUUGCGUGUGUGUUUGCGUGUAUGGUGUGCUUUAUCUGACAGGCAUUGAAUAUCAAUAGUAUCAACAGAUUAGUAUUGUUAAUCUUUUUUUUUUAUCAAUUUAUAUUUAUAUAUUUACAUUCAAACUGUUUUGCCUCUUUCAUGUUGUAAAUAUUUCAUGUUGAAAGUCUUCACACACUGAUGUCUGCUCAGUGCUUCACUUCAUACAAAGCUGCUUCAUCAAUUUAGUCGAGCCACUGACUGGCUCAGUGUUUCAGUCCUGCUGUUUCAUUCAGAUCCCUUCAGACAAAAGAAAACAUGCGUUCUUUUUUCCAUAAUGAAAAUAAUUCUACUUUUUGUGAAAUUUUGAGAUACAACUCUCAUGCCUGUACACUCAAUAGGAAGCUACAACUAGCUGCUGAUAAGUUUAGCUUUGUAUAAGAACAGGAAACGGGGGGGGAAAAAUCUAUAACAGCAACUCGAAAGCUCACUUAUUGACAUUGCAUAUUUAUUUGUUAAUCUUUACAAAGGACAGAUUUUUUUGGGGAGAGUUUAACGUGCUGAGCUAUUUCUGUUUGGACGCAGUGACUUUCUGUUGUCUUCCAGUCUUUGCGCCAAGCCAAGUAAAGAUAAUCACAUGUCAGCUCUAGUUAUAUAUUUAUCAUACAGACAUGAUAGUGCCGUAACUCUCUGCAAAAAUGCAACAAAAAAAAGCAAACUCCCAAAAUGUCCAACUGUUUCUUUCUAGAAAGCUGAGAUGUUGUGCUUGCAAAUGAUUUACAAUGUCCUCACGGCACAUUAUUCACUUUGCAGUCGUGUUUUGGUUCUAAAUAUUUCCAAGCAUUGUCUGGAGGGGUCAGCUGGGACUACUGAGCUUGAAGAGCAGAUACAUUAUUUGUUUUCUACAGAAUUACGUAAUAUUCUGCAGUAUAUUGUUGCUAUACUUUACAUCAGUGCUAAUAGUGGAGAGCACAUGUCCAUGAUGUACUAAUCCUCCUAAAUCAGCACAAGGGUCACAGAUGGCUAACACUUUUAUGACCAAAUAACAGAAUGAAUAGUUCCUCUACUUUAAUAUAAGCAGCAGCUGUGGUGUGUAACAGUCAAGCAAAACAACAUCAUUGUUUUACAUUAUUGUUGUGUGUGUGCAUUAUAGUGUGUAUGUGUGUGUGUGCAGUCACUGCUUGACAGCCAGAAGUUAUGUGUCAUAAAAAUUGAGUUAUACAGUUUACUCACUGUCUGUUGUAGGAAGCAACAUGUUCUUUUGUUAUGCUGACAUGAGAUUGGUUACACAUGAAUGUUUUUACUCUGAAAAUAUUUCAUCUUGUCAUCAGAAAAGACUGGGGACAUAUAACAUGUGUCUACAAGAACGAAGACAUUCCUUUGGUAUUGUAAUGUGUAACAUCUGUUUUGUUAUAUAUUAAAUCUUUGAAAAUG